CAGACGUUGUUUUGGAGAGGGAAGUGAAAGGGGAAGGGAAAGAGAGCUGAGGAUAGCAAAUAGCUAGCUCGCUGGCAAGUAAGCUUCCAAGUCAAGUGCCAAAUUCUCAAACCAGGUGCAGAUAGCUGCCUCGGAGAUUUUUAUGUACUGUUUUGUAGGUGUCCGAGGAAAGGGCAGCUUACUUUUCUAAGGAUUAUAAAAGCGAGGCAUUGCCGAUUAACGCCAGCUAACGAGUUCAGUGCCAGCGAGCUAGCUAGCAUAGCUAACGUUACGCCUGGUUAGCCACUAGCUGUCCUGAACAAUAACAGCUAGUUAGCUAGCAAUCAAAGCGAUCCACGUCAAGAAGUCGCCGUUCCCGUGUGUUGCAACUUGAAACUUUGGCAAAAUGACAUCCAGGAAGAAAGUGCUCUUGAAAGUCAUCAUUCUGGGAGAUUCUGGUGUUGGGAAAACCUCCCUGAUGAACCAGUAUGUGAAUAAGAAGUUUAGUAACCAGUACAAAGCGACAAUAGGAGCGGACUUCUUGACCAAGGAGGUGAUGGUGGACGACCGGCUUGUCACAAUGCAGAUCUGGGACACAGCUGGCCAGGAAAGGUUCCAGUCCUUGGGUGUUGCGUUCUACCGUGGAGCAGAUUGCUGUGUGCUGGUGUUUGAUGUGACUGCACCGAACACCUUCAAGACUCUCGACAGCUGGAGGGAUGAGUUCCUGAUCCAGGCCAGCCCUCGAGACCCUGAGAACUUCCCCUUUGUGGUGCUAGGCAACAAGAUUGACUUGGAGAAUAGACAGGUAACCACCAAAAGGGCUCAGGCAUGGUGUCAGAGUAAGAACAACAUCCCCUACUUUGAGACCAGUGCCAAAGAAGCCAUAAAUGUAGAACAGGCAUUCCAGACUAUUGCACGUAACGCCCUUAAACAGGAGACAGAGGUGGAGUUGUAUAAUGAAUUCCCGGAGCCCAUAAAACUGGAAAGGAAUGACAGAGCUAAACCUUCAGCAGAAAGCUGCAGCUGCUGAGGGACAACUUGGACCAUCUUCUCUCUUGGCUUUCUGGAACACCCUGUCACAUCACCCGCACCACCCUCCCAGGGAAGGGACUUCCCUACUGGUCUUCCUCCUUCACGCCACCAUCCAUUCCAUCAACACAACCCUCCACACAGUAUGCUGCACAUGGAUGUAUCCCCACACUUAGUACACACAUUAAUACACUAGCAUACUCUCCUAAAUAUGCUGAGAAAUCCAGUGCCCAAAGAUCACACGAGAGAAGAGCGACACCCCUUCUGACCUCACAGUCCCUGACUUGAUAGCGAGUGAUCUCCAAUCCUGCCCACCCGUAUGUCUGACUGUGGCCCCUGUCUCUCACACUGAGGGGGCAAGAUGGAGCCAUGUUCAAAGAGUGCAGUUGGGAACUCGAGAUGGACUGGCUGAUGCUCUGUAAUGUGAGAUGAUGUUGGCUAAGGUCAGCAUCCCAAGUAUUUUAUUCUCUGUUCCUAUUUUUUGUUCCUCCAGAAAUGUCUACUUUCUAUCGCCUAUCUGUCAAAUAAAAGAAUCAAGUCGAACUAUAUAUAUUUUUAAUUGGCUGCUGAUGUUAUUUCUCGAGCCAAUCUGAAACACAUACUUGUUUUUGCACUUUUGUUUUAUGUUUUUUCUCUUUUUUUUGCCUUUAAAUGUUAUAAACUUAGAGGGAUGGCUGAUUUUGGGCAAUAUCUACUACUGCACACCAUUUGGUUAGCUUCAAAUUACACUUCCUCACUCUCCCUCCCUAUUAAUCCCCCCGAAUAUCUAUUGCACACCUCGGUGAUUGUAUUGCCGUGCCCCUUCAGAGUUUUUUGUUUAUGGGUUUAUAUCAACCUUACACUGCAGAAGAACUAUUCCUAAGUAGACAUUAAUAAGAAAAGCUGAUAAUGCAGUCACGGUGUAAAACAUGUAUUAAUUCCCUGAGAUAUUAAUACUAUCUGCCUUUUAUGUAACAUUACUUGUACUGCUACUAUUUACUGCUGUAUGUGUUCUGUCCUUUGUCAGAUAUCUUUCUUCAAUGCUCUCAAAUUACAACGUCACUGACAUGGCAUACACCUGUCAACCAUCAUAUGUCUGUUAUUGCUGUUCUCUCUCUAUCUGCUUGUAGCUCAGGUCGGCUAAGUACUUAAUAUUACUUUUUAUCAGAUUGUGUAUUAUGGUGUAUAGAUGGUACAGGUGAAAGGCUGAUGGAUCAAACUGAAGUGGAUGUUCUUUCUUUCCAUCUAAAGAAACGAUCAGACUUUUUGCCCUGGUAUUACUCCUUUUCCUUCAAAAUCACUGCGAUGCCAAUGAUGUUGUCAAGAAAAAUUGGGAUGUCAAAUAAUAAAGUUCUUGAAUAUAUCAA